CUUCCAUCAUCUAUCAAAUUUUCCAGUUUUUGUAAACGUAAAAGAAAAGUGAAAAUAAUUUUCAAUAUUUUUCAAUAAAAAUCGUUUUAAUUGCGGUCGAAAGCGUCGUUUUAGGAUAAAUAUGGCAAAAACCUACGAUUAUCUGUUCAAAUUGUUACUGAUCGGUGAUUCUGGUGUAGGCAAAACUUGCGUCUUGUUUCGAUUUUCAGAGGACGCCUUCAAUACGACUUUUAUUUCUACUAUAGGAAUUGAUUUUAAAAUAAGGACUAUUGACUUAGAAGGAAAGAAAAUUAAAUUGCAGAUAUGGGAUACGGCCGGCCAAGAAAGAUUCAGGACAAUAACCACUGCCUACUAUCGGGGUGCCAUGGGUAUUAUGCUAGUUUAUGACAUAACCAAUGAGAAAAGUUUUGAAAAUAUUAAAAAUUGGAUUAGGAAUAUUGAAGAAAACGCUUCGGCCGACGUAGAAAAGAUGUUAUUAGGUAACAAAUGCGAAUUGGAAGAAAAAAGACAAGUGUCUAAAGAACGAGGCGAAUAUUUGGCCAUUGAAUAUGGUAUUAAAUUCAUUGAAACCAGCGCGAAAGCUAGUAUUAGAGUGGAGGAAGCUUUCUUUACUUUAGCCAAGGACAUUAAAGCGAAAAUGGAAAAGAAAUUGGAAGCUAGCAAUCCACCUAAAGGCGGCCAUCAAAUACGAGCCACAGACCCACAGAAAAAGCCCACGAGUUGGUUAUCGAGAUGUACCCUUCUCUGACCUUAUGCCCUUACAGAAAUCACUUUGCAGGCAUCUCAGUUGAUGUCCUGCGGAUAAGGAAAAAAAAAAAAAACGACGACCGGUGAGUGAGAAGUGAUACAAAAUUCUAUUUUACUUUUCGAUAAUGUGCGACUCAAACCAACGAAUAAUAAUUUACAAUUUGUUUGGUUUUGGUGUUGUUAAUUUAACCUGGGUUCUUUUUAAAUUUUGUUUUGUUGUCCUGCCAAUUUAGGUUAAUUAAGGUAAUUUAUGUAGCAUAAGUGCAAUAAUCAGAAACAAUAGCUAUCUUUCUUAUUUGAAAACAAAAUCUGGGCUUUUAUUAUUGGAGAAACAUAUUCAUACAUUAGAUAAGUUGGAUUGGAAGCAAAUUAGUCUACACAAAACACCCUAGUUGAAAUCUUGAAGUAGAUUCUCAAUUAACAUUUACCAAAAAACACAAUUCACAUUGCGUUGAUAAAUCAUCAAGAUUGUUGCACUUAAGUUACUGCUUGACUUGUGAUAUACAAAUGAUAUUUAUAAAGCACACUUGUUGUUUACUGGAUCAGAUUUAGUUUUUAAUUAUUAUCCUGAUGAUUAUUUAUUUCAAUUGACACUCGAAAAUAUAUUGUAAGACAAUUUUAACUCGUUUAAUGCUGUAAUAAGUGUCAAUUAUUACAUGAGGUCACACUUUAAUUUGUAUUUCUUUCAAAAGUGUGUGUAUUCCAUCUAAAAUUUUUAAGUUUGUAUAUAAAUUAAGUAAUCUUGUCAUAUUAAUGUUGUAUAUUUUGCAAAGUUGUAUUCGAUAGUGAGUAAAUAAAAAAUAUUAUAUUUUAAAAGCAUCAACAAAUUAAAUUAUUUGCACAAACCCCAAUAAAGGUAAAUUUGUAAUUCGAAUUAAAUGAAGUUAUACAAGUUUUUGUUUAUUUAUGUUUUCUGCCCCUGUUUUAAUAAUACAAGAAACAAUCUGUACAUAAAUUAUUACAAUUUUUAAUAUAUAUUAUUUUUUUUAUAAUUUUAAUAAACAUCUUGGUUAUAAAGAAAAACACGUUUUAUUUCUUUUCAUUAGAAAAUGGAACAUAAUCACUUUUUUCGCGGACACGCUUUCAAACGUAUCCUGAAUGCUAAGGUAUGACCUAUGCAGGUAUUAUUUGAAAGUUUUAUAAGUAAACCUGCAUAGGUCAUGCCUUAGCGUUCAGCAUACAUUUGAGAUCGUCUUCGCGAAAAAAGCUAAUUAUUCAUUCAUUGUUUUUUAAUUUUGUCUUGUGCCCUUUUAAACUUCCUUACCAUGAAUUUAAAUAAUUUAACUAAAAUAAAUGAGACACAAAUUAAACUUGCCAAAAGAAAAGCACAUACAUCGAGCAACAAAUAUUUGUACCACUCUAUGUCAACUGUGGGACUUCUCAGAUGUUUGGUACCUUUGUGUCUUAUCACGUAUUCCGCCCACCAGAUGGCUUUUUCCAAGCCCGUCAUUGGUUCGUCUUGCAUAAGGUUUUUUAGUUUUUUCAUAUUUUGUUUGUA